AUGAAUUUGAGGAUUAUCUACAGUUUAAUCAUUUCAAUUAUCUAUUUGGUUGUCUUAACAACAGCCUUGCCUUUCAACCUGUUAGGACAAGCUCAGGUUUUCGAUGAUCUGGACGAUACCAAAGAUUUUCCGAUCGUCGAAAACUACGUUUACAAGGAAAAGACGCCAGACUCUGACAAGCCUACAUUAACAUUCUUCGAAGCACCGGUUACUCUCAGUAAUCCAAUUUAUAAUUUGGUGAAAAAGGCUCGUUUCAUAAUUCGAUGGAUUCGAUCAGACGACGAAUUGCCUUCAAAUUUCGAAAAUUCAUGA